AACCUCAUUAAAAAAAAAAAAAAAAUCGGAGAGUAAUCUUGUCUAAUAGUUCACCACGGCUUGACCACUGUAGGGCGCGUACAGUUAGAUUUGAUGUGACAGUGGGCGGAGUGCAGCAGCGCUGCUGUCUCACAGUCUGUCUCUCUCUCUCACGGUCUCACUACUGUAGGAUCUACACGCGCUAACAGAAUGGGUGUUGAGGUUGAAACAAUAUCUCCAGGAGACGGGAGAACCUUUCCGAAGAAAGGACAGACAUGCGUUGUGCAUUACAUAGGGAUGCUGCAGAAUGGAAAGAAGUUUGACUCGUCACGAGACAGAAACAAGCCCUUUAAAUUCAAGAUCGGCCGACAGGAAGUCAUCAAGGGCUGGGAGGAAGGAGUUGCACAGAUGAGUUUGGGUCAGAGGGCGAAGAUCACCUGCACUCCAGAUAUGGCUUAUGGGGCCACGGGACACCCUGGUGUCAUUCCUCCCAAUGCCACUCUUAUAUUUGACGUGGAACUGCUGAAACUGGAGUGAACCACUAGCUUUUGCAGGGCUGAAGUCCUCAGAUGGAGAAGGAGAAACAUGAGUCCCCGCCCCACCAAUAAAACCUUCUCCAUCUAGACACUCAACUUUUGUUUUGUUUUUUGCCAAUAAAUGGGUGUAUCUUUCUACACAUGACCUUAACGCUAUUUUAGCAUCUCAGUUUCAUUUUUGGUACAUGCAAAGUGUUUUUUUUUUUUCAUAUUACACUUUCAUGAAACUAUGUAAUUGCAAUAGAAUUAUUAAAUCAGCAUUUUAAUUUGUACCAGACUGAAUCCACUGCCUUGCUGAAUUUGGAAGGGUUAGUAUUUUACAGGAGGGUGUAAUGGGUUAUAAUUCUGUAUUCUGAGGGGCAUUAACAACCACUGUCUGCAUUGCCACUUUUGAUAAAAGCAUAUCCUACUGAAUGCAUAUGAUAAAAUGACAAUGUUACUGUAUUUACUACAUAUUUUAUAUAUUAAUCUAUCCCUUAUAAACAUUUGUUGUAAGUCUCAUUCAAAUCUAUAAAAAUGAGACGUGGAACAAACUCAAUAUGUACCGUGGAGUGCUUUGGCUUUAACAUUUAUCAACUUGCUCUUAAUAAAGAUAUUUGAACUCUUUGAAA